AUGCCCGGCCACUACAUGAAGAAAACGAGCUGCACCCGCUGCCCCAAGAACCACGCAAGCCCGGGCGGCUCAAAGACAACCGCCUGCACCAAGUGCCUGGCCCCAUUCACUGCCAACCCUGACCAGAGCGAGUGCAUCGACCGCCUGGCCUGGAGCCACUGGGGCGGUGACCUCAGCAACCGCCGCUGGAGCCAAGUUGAGAAAAAGCUGACGGUGGCAAAGGCCGGGAAGCUCAAGGUCAAGUGGGAGGCGGACGUUGCGGGCAGCACCAGCGCUACGCCCACCAUUCACAACGGCUUCCUCUACGUGCCGGAUUGGGAGGGCAACGUCUUCUGCCUGAAGGCUGCGACAGGGGAGGUUGUGUGGUCAAAGCAAGUCAAAGAUUAUAUUAGCCAGCUUGGCGUUCCACUGCCGGCCAACUUGGGUGUGUUCCCACUCAUAUCAAGGAACAGCCCUGUCAUCUACAACAACGAGCUGGUGAUCCUCGGCACCAUGCAGGCAGUCUAUGGGGGGUACGCCUUCUGGCUCGCGCUCCGCGCCUCGGACGGCGCCUUGGUGUGGGGCAAGCAAGCUGACACCAACAUUGCAGCAACCAUCACGCAAAGCCCCACCCUGUACGAGGGCGUCAUCUACACAGGAAUCAGCAGCCUCGAGGAGAACGUCGCAUCACGUCAAGCCCACGUAUGCUGCUCGUUCCGAGGCAGCGCGGCGGCAGUGGAUGCGCGGACCGGCGACCUCCUCUGGCAGACCUUCACCGCACCCGACAUCGGCAGGGGCGCCAAUGACAGCUGGGCGGGCGCCUCUAUAUGGGGCAGCUCACCUGUGGUGGACCGCCAGCGCGGGCAGAUCAUUGUCGCCACUGCGAACAAUUACAGGAUGCCGCUUGACGUGGAGGCGUGUCUGCUGGCGCUGGGACCCCUGACAGUCGCCAACAGCCCGCAGCAGAAGGUCUGCAUGCAGCUGUCGCGCGGGAACGAGAACCACCACAACUCGAUCCUGGCCUUGGACAUGAAGACUGGCGCUAUCAAGUGGGCCACACCUGUUGAUGGACCCGACGCUUGGAACGCCGCAUGCCUUUCCAGCAACCCAGCUGUUCGCGACAAUUGCCCUGCAGUCGAGGGCCCCGAUUUCGCCUUCGGCCAAGCCCCCAUGCUGGUCACGCCCUGCAAGCCCGGCAAGGGCUGCAAGCAGCUGCUCAUCGUUGGCCAGAAGUCCGGCAUUGUUUGGGCGCUGGACCCCAACGACGGCAGCAUUGCCUGGAACCAACGCGCUGGCCCGGGAGGGCUCAUCGGAGGGCUCAUGUGGGGCAGCGCCAGCGACAACAAGCUGGUGUACGUCAGCAACAACAACAUGUACAACACAAAGGUCGACUUCCAGGGCGCCGACGCGUACCUGAAGCCCGUCCCGAACGUCAAGGGCGAAAAGGUCGCCCCGGCUUCCACCAACGGCGGCCUGUGCGUCGCGCUGGAUGCGUGGGACGGCACAGUGCGCUGGACCUUCGCCAACCCGAUGCUGGACCAGGCCGGCCGCAACGCCAAGAGCCUUGCAGCCAUCACUGUGGCGAACGGGGUUUUGACGUAUGCGAGCAUGGACCCCACCGGGCGGCUGUUCAUGUUGCGUGCAACUGAUGGGAAGCUGCUGGGAAGCUAUGAUCUUGGUGCGAGCAGCGCGUGCGGGCCGUCCAUCGUGGACGGCGUGCUCUACAGCGGCACGGGUUACACAAACUUUGCACUUGGAACGGCCGGAACCAAGGUCAUCGCGCUCACCGUUUGA